AAAAAAAAAAUAUCUUAACUCAUUCUGACAAGAGACACGUGGAAAUACUUAGAUUCUAAACACAAAUUUAUAAUUGCAAAGUAGGUAAUAAAAAAUACAUGUAGCAUUGGUAAUGGGAAAAAAUUGAAGUUAUUCAGGAAUAGAGAACAAAUGAACAAUCAUCUUUUCUCACUUAAUAACAACUCACUUUAAAAUUAUUCCUCAGAUAAGUUUUUCAUUGAGAAAAAAGUAUUCUUUUUUUUAAAGCAAAAUUGCUCAUUGAUUUAAAAAAAAUUGUAAAGGAUUUUCUGCUUACAACUGAAGAUUGGAGAGGGGGUCUUCUGUUGGGGUUUGUCAAGAUUCUCUGAGUAUGAUCCAAGAACAUAGUGGGAAAUGAGAAGAAUAAUCUGCCUGGAGAAGAGAGGGCUAUAGGCCUUCUCCCCUGUUCCCUUACCUACCCCUCUCUGGAGCAAGAAGGAAGAAGGGGAGGCUGCUAAUGGCCCUGAGUCUAAUGAAAUCACAGGCCAAAGGGAGGUGGGAGUGUUAUUUGCAACUGUAGGAGAUGGAAUUGUACCAGAUUAUAUCAAGAGCAGAGGAAGUCAUUUACACUCUCUAGAGAAGAGAUGGACCUGAGGCAAUUAGAAUUUUUCCCCCUGUAACUUUAGUGACUCUUGUAUUAUACCAGUGUACAUGAUAGAGAAGAGCCCAUGAUCUUUUUGGUGAACAUGAUAGAGAAGAGCCCAUGAUCUUUUUGGUGAUAUCAAGAGAACCCUAAGAAUUCCCUUAUCAGGCGGCCCCUCUGCGGCCCCUUGCAUUUGCUGAUCUGCUGGGAUUUUGAGGGGCCCUUUGCUUUUGGUGAGCAGCCUGGUGUAGCAGCAGGAAGUGAGGCUGGGAACCAGCCUUAAGGCCUUGAGCAGGGCUUGGGGGUGGGGGUGGGAGAUGGGUAACAAGAAAGCUGGAAGCAUUUUUCUCAGAGAUCCCUUAAGAGAGGAUGAGGACGCUGUCCUAAAAGGUGAGCAUAUUUAAUGCCCGUCAAACCCGAAACAUAGCACCAGUGGUGCUGGAGAGGGGCCUCCUGCCCUCUCCAUCCCAUCUUUCACUCUGGCACAAACACUGACAGAAACUGAACACGGGUUCCAAAUGUGAAUUCACCAGGUGAGGCCUGAGAGCGCUGGCUUCGACCAGGUGGGCACUGUCUGGGGACCCCCUGUUGGGAAGGCUGCCCCUCUAGCUGGUGUUCACCGUGCAUGUGUGCCUCUCUGCCUUGCCUCCCUGGCCGCAGGGUUCUGGCUGGUGUGGACCAUCAUCAUCAUCCUGAGCUGCUGCUGUGUGUGCCACCACCGCCGAGCCAAGCAUCGCCUUCAGGCCCAGCAGCGGCAGCAUGAAAUCAACCUGAUCGCCUACCGAGAAGCCCACAAUUACUCAGCGCUGCCAUUUUAUUUCAGGUUUUUGCCAAACUAUUUACUACCUCCUUAUGAGGAAGUGGUGAACCGACCUCCGACUCCUCCCCCACCGUACAGUGCCUUCCAGCUACAACAGCAGCUGCCUGCACAGUGUGGCCCCCCAGGCGGCAGCCCCCCAGGCGCCGGUCCCACCAGGGGCCCCCAGGGGGCACAGAGCAGUCCCUUGUCCGGGCCCAGCAGAAGCAGCACGCGACCCCCGAGCAUCGCCGACCCUGAGCCCCCCGACGUACCCACCAGCCCAGCAGCCACCAAAGCCCCUGGAAUGGAGCCCAGUGGCUCUGUGGCCGGCCUGGGGGAGCUGGCCCCUGGGGCCUUCCUGGACAAAGAUUCCGACUGUAAGGAGGAGCUGCUGAGAGAUUACGGCUCUGAGCAGGGCAGCGCCCUCCCCGAUAGCAAAGACAAGACGCCUGGCAGACAUCGCCGCUUCACGGGUGACUCGGGCAUUGAGGUGUGCGUGUGCAAUCGGGGCCACCAUGACGACGACCUCAAAGAGUUCAACACGCUCAUUGACGACGCUCUGGAUGGGCCCCUGGACUUCUGUGACAGCUGCCACGUGCGGCCCCCCGGUGACGAGGAGGAAGGCCUCUGCCAGCCCUCUGAGGAGCGGGCCCGAGAGCCCGGGCACCCGCCCCCGCCGCGGCCCCCCGCGUGCCUGCUGCUGAACACCAUCAACGAGCAGGACUCCCCGAACUCGCAGAGCGGCGGCUCCCCCAGCUAGAGCGGGCCCGGCCCGCGCCUCAGAACUUGGCAAAGCAACCAGGGCAGGGGAGCACCAUGAGAGAAGCAUUAAGUGACUUUCAGAGGAAGCGGUAUAGCCGCUUCAUUCUUCGCCCCCUCCCCGCCGGCCUGCAUUUUCCUGCACCUCCAGGUACAGUUUGGGGAGUGGAGGCCUCUCCGCCCACGGGAGCACAGUGUCUCGGAGGGCCGACACAUUGGCUCGUUCUGUGACUCAUUCCUCAUUACCCGGCCCUGUCCCCUUCUUCUCUUUUCAAGUCAUAUCUCACUGCCUGCUCGGGUCAGAGAGAUGUGUGUUUCAGAAGCCCCCAAGGAGGGGGCUGAGACUGUGCCCUGAGGUGACCCUUGGUGGUGGAGUGGAUUGGUGCUCUGGUGUUUGUUUAAGAGAACUUUGCUGUGUCUCAGUCCGGGAGAGGUGGCAGGUCUCAGCCCUGGGAGAAGAAGGAAGCCCACAGAGGCCCAGGGAUUGUCAGCCCCUGCUGCCAAGGUCUGCAGAGCCAGAACUGGGCUAGUCCUGGGGGAGGAUGAGAGCGGACAGGCAGUUAUAAGGUUGGUAGAAGGCUUACUGCUCCCUCAGAUUCCAGGUGAUGAGGUCGAUGUACCACUGUGCAUCCCUGAGGGGCCCUUCCCAGCAGGUUCUGGCUGGCCACAGCCUGGUUCAGUAUGGAACAUUAUGUCACCUUCUUUUUGGUUUUUCUUUAAACAAAAAACAACAGCAGCAACAGCAAAAGCAAGCUGAAAACAAGAACUUGACCAGCGGGCAGGCAAGAAUUCUGUUCUGGAAAAGGGAAGUUUGUGCCUCUAUCCCAAGUUGACCUUCAAAGAGCCUGGCUGCCGUUGAGCCGGGAGGAGAUGUUUUGUGUGCAGGCUUGGGUGGGGGCUAGCUCUGGAACUUCUGUGGGAGCGCAGCAGAGCCUAAGCCAUGGAGCUGCAUCUGGUGCAGCUUGCUGCAUCUCUGCCCUUCGGGCUGACCCUAUAGGUGACCAGGGUCCUCCCCCACCCAAAACACAGUCUGCAGGCCUCCGUGCCUCACUGUUCCCGUAGGAACAAGGGAGGCUGCGGGUCCUAAGAAAGGGCAGCCCCAUAGCCUGGCUUUUACACAGUAUUUUCUCUUGAUUCUGAAUGAGUUCUUCUGUUGUGUUGUUUUUGUUUUUAUUUUUAAACUGACCACUUGGAAAAAAUGGCUUGGUUAUCUGUGGCUUUCAUGCCCUUCCCCUGCCUCUCCACAGCCCCCUUUUUGAGUGGGGUGACUAAUUUUUGUAGCCUCCGUAAAGAGCCUGAGUGGCCCAGGUAGGAGGGCGAAGGCAGUGGUCCGGAAGGACCGCAGGAUCCUUAUUACUGUAGUUUGGCUUCAGAUAACCAGUUGAGCUUUGACAGGAAUAACCUGAUGGAGAAAGCAAACAGCUAAAACUCACAUUCCCUGUCCAGUGCUGUUCAUAUGAAGAGUUUGGUUCUUUUCCCACUCUUGAACGAUGAUAUUCACAUUAGUCAUUGACGUUACAGUAAGAAAGGAAAAAAAAAAAAUAUAUAUAUAUGUAUGUACAAAAAUAGACAAAUCCAAGGCUGUGAGGUGAACGAGUGUCUGCAUUCGGAGUCCACAAAACCAAAAUCCAUGUUGAACAAAGUGAAGUCUGUGUACAAUGACUUUUUGGAUAACCUGUGUGUGUCUGUGUGUCGUGUGUGAGCCCCCAGCCCUGUUUUCCUGUGAAUAUACUUUGAAUGGCAGCCAUUGUGCUCGUCAACCACACAUUUGGAGCAGAUAUGGCCCCGCUCAAGGUAAUUUAUUUUACACAUUUACUGUUUACUGAACAAAUGUCUGACUGUGUACCCGGGUGUAUCCAGCAGCAUUGUCGAUGGCAGCCCCCCCCCCACCCCCCACGUCUGCCAGAGAUAACUGUGCUCGGAGUGGAGGCUCUCCUCUACCCAGCCCUGCAAUUUGCACAUUGCUCCGUGGGCACUCGGAGGCCUGUGUUCUGUUCCCUGUAAGUGGAAACGUGCUCUGAACCUGUCUGCCUCCCUGGGCUCCUCCUGGCCCUCGGUAUCAGCCCCCAGGGGGUGUUCAAAACCACUCGGCACAGAAGGCGAAGGUGGAACUUCAGACAGAAGCUUGAUUGGAUCUUCAGUGACACGCUUGGACUAGCUAUGGCCCGGACGUUGGCCCUGCCCACCACGGCCAGGAGAGUUUGGCAGACACCGCAGUGCCAUAGGGCUCGCCUCGCUCUGCCAGGGUCCAGUGCAUGCACGCAAGCCCGUGUGCGGCCACAGCAGGCGGGAGUGCGUCAGCAGCCCUCUGAUGCCUUUUCUUCCACCUUCUUAAAAAAAUAAAAGUAAAGCAAAUAAAUAAAUAAAAUCCCAAACAACUCACUGAAGUCUCAAAGGAGAUGAAGUUUUACCAAAAUGAAUCCUGCUUCAAUUAACUGAUCAAAUGGAUGAAUUCUGGCCCUGUCAAGUUUCCUUCCCCGGCUGGAGUGGGGCACGGGCCCGCGCGUCAACUGUUGGGCUCACUGCAGCGACCUGCCCUACAGGCGUGAGAAGAAGCGAGGCCGCAGCUAGAGCCGGGCUUGAUUCCAGCGGUCACGCAGUCUGGCCCCUGCCAGCUGGGCUCCCCUGCCAGUAGAGAGAUGGAAAUAGGGAGUUGAAGGACUCGAUAGAAGGCCAGGGAGAUCCGACUUGCCUCUGGUUUUCCAGGUGAACAGAGAAGGAAAGGGUUGGUCUGGCCGAGGGUUUGGUGCUACAGUCGGGAGAUUUGCAAAUGCUAACACAUUCCUGUGUGAGGCACAUCACCAUUUGUCAGUUAUUGUGAAUACGUGUAUUUUAAGCAAUAAGAUUCAGCUGGUCAGACUCUUCUGGGCAGCCUCGGUGACGCAUUUCCUGUGCUGUGAUUGUUCUGAAGACAGAGUGGCUCUAUCCACUGUGAGAAGCCCAAAUAAAAACAAUCCCCAAAACGUGA